UCCCGACCCAAACAAAAUCAAGGAUGAUGCCAUUGCCUACCGAUACGUAAAAGAAUCAACUCUCCAACAACAUAUGAUUUCAUUUCACUUUUUCCACACCAAAGACCAAAACGGCAAUACCCAAAUAAUUCACUCUCCGCAGUCAUCAAUCAAACAGUAGCUGAGAGAAAGUUUCGAUUUUUUUUUUUCGCUCUCAUUUUCUCGGCCGCCAAACAACAAUCCGGGAAAAAAAAAGUUUCCAUUUUUCUUAAGAGUUUCGUCUUCAAUCUGCAAAACCCAGUUUUUAUUUUCUCGGCUAACCAAACGUACAUGGCGAGUGAAAGUGAAGCUCCUCGUCAGCUCCAUGUUUUCUUCUUCCCCUUCAUGGCGUAUGGCCACAUGAUUCCGACUCUGGACAUGGCGAAGCUUUUCGCAAGCAGAGGAAUCAAAUCGACGAUCCUCAUUACCCAUCCCAACGUUCCAAUCUUUCAGAAACCUGUCGAAGUUUUCAAGAACAAGAACCCUAAUGCAGAAAUCGGUAUCCGGGUCCUGGAUUUUCCUUGCACGGAGCUCGGAUUACCCCAAGGAUCCGAUAACGCCGAUUUCCUCGACUCUGCCGUCAUCGAGGACAUAUUCCCUAUCGUUCAGAAGCUUUUCUUCUCGACCAAGUUUCUCAAAAACCAGUUGGAGGAUCUCAUCGAAACAUUCAGACCGGACUGUCUGGUCGCCGACAUGUUCUUCCCCUGGGCCACGGAAGCUUCCAAGAAGUUUGGAGUGCCGAGACUUGUGUUCCACGGCACGUGCUACUUCUCUCUAUGCGUUUCGUAUUGCAUCAGGCUCCAUAAGCCACAGAAGAAUGUCGCUUCGAGCUCUGAGCCUUUUGUGAUCCCUCAUCUUCCUGGUGACAUUGUUAUCACAGCAGAUCAGGUCACGGAUAAUGACGAAGAUGAUGAGAUGGGGGAGUUUAUUACAGAGGUCAGGGACUCGGAGAAACUCAGCUACGGUGUCCUGAUGAACACAUUCCACGAGCUCGAACCUGCUUAUGCGGAUUUCUACAAGAAGUUCGUAGCGAAAAGUUCGUGGAAUAUCGGUCCGCUCUCGCUGUGCAACAGAGGGUUCGAGGAGAAAGCAGAGAGGGGAAAAAAGGUGAGCAUCGAUGAGCACGAAUGCCUCAAAUGGCUUGAUUCCAAGAGACCAGAUUCAGUGAUUUACUUGUCCUUUGGAAGCGUUGCGAAAUUCAGCAACGACCAGCUGAAAGAGAUCGCUGCUGGGUUAGAAGCUUCCGGACACGAUUUCAUCUGGGUCGUGAGAAAAUCUGACGACAAAGGCGAGAAGGAAGAAUGGCUGCCAGAAGGGUUCGAGGAGAGGACGAGAGGGAAAGGGAUGAUAAUAAGAGGGUGGGCUCCGCAGGUGCUGAUACUUGACCACCAAGCAACCGGUGGGUUCGUGACCCACUGCGGCUGGAACUCUGUCUUGGAAGGAGUGGCGGCUGGACUGCCGAUGGUGACGUGGCCAGUGGCGGCUGAGCAGUUCUACAACGAGAAGCUGAUAACUCAGGUGCUGAAAACGGGACUGAGCGUGGGAGAGAGGAAGUGGGUGGACUUUGCCGGAGAUUUCACCGGUAGAGACAGAGUGGAAAAGGCGGUAAGGGAUUUGAUGAUCGGGGAAGCAGCCGAGGAGAGGAGGAGACGGGCUAAGGAGCUCGGGGAUAUGGCCAGAGGCUCGGUGGAGAAAGGAGGGUCUUCUUACAAAGAUCUGAGCUCGUUAAUGGAAGAUCUGAAAAAGUUCAGAGCACAGAGAGAGAUGUAAGAAGAAGAAGAAGAAGAAGAAGAAGAAGAAGAAGAAGAAGAAAGCAGAGCAGGUUCAUGAGUUUUAUGUUUGUGUGUUGUGUUUGAUUGUUGAGUCUCUAUGCUGUUUUAGUUAAAGUCUCUGUCUUUGAUGAUCCAUUAUCUUUGAAUAAAUCUGUCUCCAUGAGAUUAGAUGAA